AUGGCUAUCGAUCUAAUACUGUUUGUUGGCGCAAUUCUCCUACUUGGCUGUCCUGAUUUAUCCGGAUUUAGAUUAGUGAUUGAUUCUGGUAAAACAUUUUUGCAGGACAAAAAAGAAAAGAAGAAGAAGAAGGCAAAGAAAGUUAAGGACAAAAAGUUAGCAGUUGGUGAUGAUGAGGUCUUCAAAAGAAGCAAAGAUGAUGGAGACAUUAAAAAAUACCAAACUCAAGAUGACAAACCAACAAAAUCUGGGGACCACCAUGUCACUACUCCCAUCCCUAUUCCCAAUCCUAAUUUUAGAAAGGUUGGUAGCUGCCUAGAUGAAAAUGGCACAAAUGACAUGAACAACACUAAAGUUAAUUACAACACGGAUGAAAUGAAUGGCAGAGGUGAUUACAAAAAUGCAAACAUCGAUAACAAAAAUAAAAUCAAUCAAACCCAGAGAGCUAACAACAACAAUGACAGCAGCAGAAAUGCAACCAGCUUAACUGACGUUGAUGACUUUAUGAAUAGAAACGACGACUCGCCUGGCCUACUCAAUCAAAUUGACAGUGCUUUCAUGCUUAACAAUGAUACAAAAGUUGUACCAGUAUCACAAAUCCAAACAGAUGUCACAACGCAACAUCAAAUACCAACAGCAGCAACAACAACAACACAGCAUGUUCCUCAGGAGGUGCCAGAAAAACGAAUACCCAGCAAAGAUCAAGAUGUAGAUGACUUUCCGCCAUUUGAACAGGAACAAACACCGUCUAACAACAUUAAUAGUAACAGCACACCGAAAAAUGAUGGCAGCGAAGACAGCGACGAUGACGACAACAAAAGCCUCCUAACGGACUCCGACCUAAACAUCUCAGAGGCCACAUUCUUGGCGGAGGCGGGGCCAAGAGUUAGCUCCACCUGCCUCAACCGAUCACGAGGAACCUUCCAUUCACUUAAGCCUGCCCACGUGCUUGAAAAUGAACUGCUCGAAAAAGCAGCGGCCAAUAGUAUUAAAGAAAGGAAGUUGAACAGUACGAUGCCUGCUAAUUCAUACUACUCUAGAAGCUUCUAUGAGUGUAGUAGUGAUCACAAUUCUGCGACUGUUAACGCCACUGGCGAUGAGAGUGUCUUCAUUGAUGGUACCAGCAAUGCCAGGCUCUCUUUGAAUAUUAAUUAA